AUGUCGGUGUUGGAAAAUAAAGAGAACAGAGAACCAACCAAAAAUCUUGAAGAUGAAAAUGUGAAAGAAGAAAUUGAGAAAUACAAAGGUGAAAUUGAAAAACUCUUGAAAGAAGGUGCUUGCAAAGACCAGUGCCUGAAAAACUAUUUUCAGAAAGACGAGCAAUUUAGAAAAUUUGUUAACCAAUGCAAAAGUGAUAUCAAAGUUCUGGAAUCUAAGAUACAGCAACAGGCUGAAGAAUUGUCCUUACAAUCUCGAUUUUUGCAGACACGCCUGGAACAGCACUCAAAUGCACAAAAUGCACUUUCACAAGAACUUCAAAAAUUUGUUGCAAUCAAAAAUACCAUUAAAGACUAUCAGAAAAAUGAAAAAGAGCUUGAAGACAAGAAACAAACACUGGAAACCCAAUUGAACGAACAAAACGCCAAAUUUGGAUCAAAUCAAGACAAUUGCAAUGUUGAGAUUCAAAAGAUUCGAGAAAAAACCAAUCAAGAAAUUGAGGCUUGCAAAAAGGAAAUUGUAGAAGUACAAGCAAUUUAUAAAAGAUUGCAAAUCAGAACUAGCUCUCUGGAAACUUCCCUGUCCCAGAAAUCCCAAGAGUGUCAAGAAUUGUCUAUACUGUAUGACGAUAUUUCCAAAAAAGGAUCUUUAAUGUAA